GUGUGUUUGUCGUCGAGUCGAAGUAGGCAGCGAGUCAGCCUCAAAAAAGAGAAGAAAAAAACACGUUUUUUAAUCGCCGCCGUGCAGGUUAUUCUGCAGAGAAAGUUGCAAGAAAGUGCGAAAGUUUAACGUGGUUCGACUGCUGAAAGACGACGCAAAAUGGUUAACUUUACCGUCGACGAAAUCCGUGCCAUGAUGGACAAGAAGCGGAACAUCCGCAACAUGUCCGUCAUCGCGCACGUCGACCACGGCAAGUCGACGCUGACCGAUUCGCUCGUGUCCAAGGCCGGUAUCAUCGCCGGUGCCAAGGCCGGUGAGACCCGCUUCACCGACACCCGCAAGGACGAGCAGGAGCGCUGCAUCACCAUCAAGUCGACCGCCAUCUCGAUGUACUUCGAGCUGGAGGACCGCGAUCUGGUGUUCAUCACCAACCCGGACCAGCGCGACAAGGACUGCAAGGGUUUCCUGAUCAACCUGAUCGACUCGCCCGGACACGUGGACUUUUCGUCCGAGGUGACGGCCGCGCUGCGCGUCACUGACGGUGCCCUCGUCGUCGUGGACUGCGUGUCCGGUGUGUGCGUGCAGACCGAGACCGUGCUGCGUCAGGCCAUCGCCGAGCGUAUCAAGCCGGUGCUGUUCAUGAACAAGAUGGACCGCGCCCUGCUGGAGCUGCAGCUGGAGGCCGAGGAUCUGUACCAGACGUUCCAGCGUAUCGUGGAGAACGUGAACGUCAUCAUCGCCACGUACAACGACGACGGUGGCCCGAUGGGAGAGGUGCGCGUCGACCCGAGCAAGGGUUCCGUCGGUUUCGGUUCCGGUCUGCACGGAUGGGCCUUCACGCUGAAGCAGUUCGCCGAGAUGUACGCCGCCAUGUUCAAGAUCGAUGUCGUCAAGCUGAUGAACCGCCUGUGGGGAGAGAACUUCUUCAACCCCAAGACCAAGAAGUGGGCCAAGGUCAAGGAUGACGACAACAAGCGUUCGUUCGUGAUGUACGUGCUGGACCCGAUCUACAAGGUGUUCGACGCCAUCAUGGGCUACAAGGCCGACGAGAUCCCGAAGCUGCUGGAGAAGUUGAAGGUGGUGCUGAAGCACGAGGACAAGGACAAGGACGGCAAGAACCUGCUGAAGGUUGUGAUGCGUACCUGGCUGCCGGCCGGAGAAGCUCUGCUUCAGAUGAUUGCCAUCCAUCUGCCGUCGCCGGUGGUUGCCCAGAAGUACCGUAUGGAGAUGUUGUACGAGGGACCGCAUGACGAUGAGGCCGCCGUUGCCGUCAAGAACUGCGACCCGGAGGGUCCGCUCAUGAUGUACGUGUCCAAGAUGGUGCCGACCACCGACAAGGGCCGUUUCUACGCCUUCGGACGUGUGUUCUCCGGAAAGGUCGCCACUGGCCAGAAGGCCCGUAUCAUGGGACCGAACUACACCCCCGGCAAGCGUGAGGAUCUGUACGAGAAGUCGAUCCAGCGUACCAUUCUGAUGAUGGGCCGUUACGUCGAGGCCAUCGAGGAUGUGCCGUGCGGUAACAUUUGCGGUCUGGUCGGUGUCGAUCAGUUCCUGGUCAAGACCGGUACCAUCUCGACCUUCAAGGAUGCCCACAACAUGAAGGUGAUGAAGUUCUCCGUGUCACCUGUGGUGCGCGUCGCCGUCGAGCCCAAGAACCCGGCCGAUCUGCCCAAGCUGGUCGAAGGUCUGAAGCGUCUGGCCAAGUCCGAUCCUAUGGUGCAGUGUAUCAUCGAGGAGUCCGGCGAGCACAUCAUUGCCGGUGCCGGUGAGUUGCAUCUGGAAAUCUGUCUGAAGGAUCUGGAGGAGGACCACGCCUGUAUCCCGCUGAAGAAGUCCGACCCCGUCGUGUCGUACCGUGAGACCGUCUCGGACGAGUCCGACCAGAUGUGUCUGUCCAAGUCGCCGAACAAGCACAACCGUCUGUUCAUGAAGGCCGUCCCGAUGCCCGAUGGACUCGCCGAGGACAUUGACAACGGUGACGUGAACUCGCGUGACGACUUCAAGGUGCGUGCCCGUUACCUGGCCGAGAAGUACGACUACGACGUGACUGAGGCGCGUAAGAUCUGGUGCUUCGGCCCGGACGGAACCGGCCCGAACAUCGUCGUCGACUGCACCAAGGGUGUGCAGUACCUGAACGAAAUCAAGGACUCGGUCGUCGCUGGCUUCCAGUGGGCCUCGAAGGAAGGUGUGCUGGCUGAGGAGAACAUGCGCGCUGUCCGCUUCAACAUCUACGACGUGACGCUGCACGCUGACGCCAUCCAUCGCGGUGGUGGCCAGAUCAUUCCGACCGCGCGUCGCGUCCUGUACGCGUCGUACAUCACGGCCGCUCCGCGCAUCAUGGAGCCCGUGUACCUGUGCGAGAUCCAGUGCCCGGAGGUCGCCGUCGGCGGUAUCUACGGUGUGCUCAAUCGUCGCCGUGGCCACGUCUUCGAGGAGGCCCAGGUCGCCGGUACGCCCAUGUUCGUCGUGAAGGCCUACCUGCCCGUCAACGAGUCGUUCGGCUUCACCGCCGAUCUGAGAUCCAACACCGGCGGACAGGCGUUCCCGCAGUGCGUGUUCGAUCACUGGCAGAUCUUCCCCGGAGACCCAGCCGAGCCCGGCACCAAGCCGUACGUCAUCGUGCAGGACAUCCGCAAGCGUAAGGGCAUGAAGGAAGGCAUCCCGGAUCUGUCACAAUACCUGGACAAGUUGUAAAUCAUUCUUUAUUGUAACACCCUUCUUACAAUUCAACAACAACAACAACAAAACAACCUAGCAGAAUAUGGAAGGCAGGAGUGUGUGUCCAGAGCUACAACAAUUAAUAUAAAGAGAAUAAUUUAUACAUGUUUACAAAAGUGACAAAUCCGGGCGCGCGCCUCCUCGUGCGUGCCUUUGCAUCCACUCAGAGCAGAACUACAAAUCCCUUCACCACCACCAAAACCCACGCUUUUCGCGCCGCGCUUUUUCCCUUCGAUCAACAAUCUCCGGCUCGUGCCGGGGGCUCCAUCGUGCUCGUGCUGAAGAAAAAAACAACAGAACAAGUAGAAGAAGACAACAAGAGAACGUCAGUGUGUGGCAGAACGUAAAGCGUAAAAUCAAAGCAAGAGAGAAUAUAGAAGAUGCGACAUCUUGUUGAGCAAAAAACGCCAAACUAACUGGCGCAGAAACGCAAA